AUACAUUUCAUUAAAACUAAAUACAAAAAGUAGUUAAUUCUGACAUUAAAACAGCUUUUUGCGGGGUUGUGAUAAUUAGUCUCCUCCAUUUGUCACUGCAUCACUAAACACGCAAAGGGAGACUCCUGACGACUCACGUAGGCUACACGCGCGCCUCCCGUGUGGCUGCAAAAUCAAGGUGUAAAAAAAAAAAAAAGACCAACGCGUGUUACCGGCAGUCACACAGCCACAGAGCAUUGGUGAAAAUGUAGAAAGUGAGUGGUUCAUGUGCGAGCUUACCACAUUCACAUUCGCCUGUGCGCAAUAGCACCGAGCGCUCCUCCUGCUGCUCGCCUCGCAGUGCUGGACGCGAUGACCGGAUAACUUUUAACUCUGCAGUUACGGAUGAUGCUUUUAUCCUCGAUGGCAUCUGAUGAAUUCUUCUCUGGGAAACCGUAACAGGUCUUCCAAACAUCUCCUCUCCCAUGUCACCGUGGCGUCUCCAUGGCGAUGUUCAGCAGUGCAGAGCAGGUCUGGAACGAAUCAGACAGACUUGGAUUGGACUCAGAGAGGAAUGAGAGUUCAGGGGAAUCAGGGCAGGACGAGCGUAACUACUACGCCAUGCUGUACUCCCUGCUCAUCCUGGGCAUCGUGUUUGGAAAUGUGCUGGUGUGUCUGGCUGUUCUGAGGGAGCGUUCCCUCCAGACGACCACCAACUAUCUGGUGGUCAGCCUGGCUGUUGCCGACCUGCUCGUGGCCUCGUUGGUCAUGCCCUGGGCUGUGUACCUGGAGGUGGUCGGCGGCGCUUGGCUUUUCAGCCGGCUCUACUGUAACGUCUUUGUCACGCUAGAUGUGAUGAUGUGCACUGCCAGUAUCCUCAACCUGUGUGCUAUCAGCAUUGACAGGUACACAGCAGUGGUGAUGCCCGUCUUGUACAACACCACCCAUCGCUCCAGGAAGAGAGUUUUUGUGAUGAUUGCCACUGUGUGGGUCCUGGCCUUCACUGUCUCCUGUCCGCUGCUGUUUGGUUUCAACACCACAGAUGACCCCAUGGUGUGCUCCAUCUCCAACCCCGACUUUGUGAUCUACUCCUCGGUGGUGUCCUUCUACCUGCCGUUUAUUGUCACUCUGCUGGUCUACGUCCGCAUCUACGUCUUCCUCAGGAUGAGGCGGAAGAGGAUCACCUUCGGCCAGGCCAGCGGAAAGGUGCAGCCAGGCUCAACUCUGCCGUCUGUGGAGACCUGUCUACAAGAAGAGACUCCCAAGGCAAAGCAAGACCUGUCACCUAUAAGGAUUAAAGUGAGUGUAGAGCCUUCAGGUCCCUCCAAGCCCAACCUGUUGUCAGGUUGCCUGGGGCGCAAACGCCCAAAGACGGGACCUGUGGAGAACUCUGUGGUGCCCCCGGUGGACAUGCAGAACUGCUGCAGCAUCAGCCACGCCUCUUGCGGCCGCACCGAGCUGGAUCUGGAGCAGGAGCGAGGGAAGGAGGAGGCGGAAGAGAACAACCAGAGUGAACGGCCUCCUGUCAGGAUGAGCUGCGAGGUGAAGGAUCUGUCAAAUGGACGAACACACACGUCACUGCAGUCGAUGGCUCUUUCUCACAUUAACAGCUCACGAUUCAGGAGCAUGCACGCACGGGAGAAAAAGGCCACUCAGAUGCUGGCCAUUGUGCUUGGGGUGUUUCUCAUCUGCUGGCUGCCUUUCUUUGUGACUCACAUUCUGAACACCCACUGCAGGACAUGCUACGUGCCUCCUGGGCUUUACAGUGCUUUCACCUGGCUGGGUUAUGUCAACAGUGCCCUCAACCCUAUUAUCUACACCACUUUUAACAUCGAGUUCAGACGGGCCUUCAUCAAGCUCCUGAGCUGCUGAGGAGGACAGCGCGCCAGGAAAUUCAAAUGGAGAUUAGGCUGUGCACUUGUGCUCCAACUCAAGCGUGGUGCAUUUGGUAAAUGGUGACCACAGAUGUACGCUGUUCAUGAUCCAUGUAAGCAAACCUGUCCUACAGGAAUUACACAGUAGCAGCAUGAAAAACAACAGACGCUGUGGUAUGCAAUAAAUACAAACAAAAGGGGAUUUUCUUUCUCAACAGGGCUGGGACUCCAUUUAAACAGUAUUACUCCUCAAAUAAGACUUCUACCUACAUUUUCACAUGCAUACAGUCUUAUUGAUAGCACAACGUGUUGGACUUUCUUGUUGAAUAUGUCUUGUACAGUAUGAACGCUGCACUUUGGCACAGUCCUUUCCAAUUGAUGUAAGUUUGGAAGCUCUUUGGACUCAAGACGAAGCUUGAGGCUGAUAAAUUGAGAGCUCCGGGCCACUUCGUCCUGAGGCCCGCUGCCACCGCACUGUGGAUUAACUGAUGUUACUCACCUCCCACACUCACCCCUUACUUCAUCACCAUCAGUUACUCUCCAGUGAAUGCACACAUCAAAUAUCAAGGACAUUCACUUGAAUUUUGCAAGAAGGAUCGUAUUUGUCCCUGCCAAGCCUCACAUCAUUUUAAAGAUUGUCAUAUAUAUUGAUGUGGAAACAUUGUGCUCAGUGUGAAUUCAUUAUAAUUAAAAGAAAUGUGAGAUUUUGAUGUAAUGCACAGUGUUUUUUUUAAAGGAACUCUCUGUUUAUUGGCGAACCUCCCUGCUGGCGAGUUGCCUGCUGCUGUUCUGACGCGCUGAUAAACGGAGGAGCUGUGUGAUCCUAACAAAUCAAGCAGGAUUAUCAACCAUGUGGUGGGCAGGUCUGUCAUAGACACAACAUUUACUGCAGUGCGUUGUAAAUAAAAGAAAUGAUUAAAUGUU